CACGGCUACAUCAAGAGUUUGUUCCAAGCGGAGCUGAGACUUUUCGCUUGUGCAAAAACAGAGCUUUUUAUUCAAAGCUGUCAGUAUUCGAGGCUACCAACCAGCGUAGCGGAUACAUUCCAGGAUCCAGGAACAUAAACGCCCAGGAAGAGGCACGAGCCGGUGCAACCCAGGACAGGAACAUUUCAUCCAGGACAGGACCCCAGGACUGAGAGGAGCCGCAUUUCCUUCUUGUAUUGCUGUUUGUCCGUUUGGAGCCCAUACGAACUCAGCCAUCCACUCAAGAGCGCGUGGAGAUUGACGAGGCCGCCGCCUUAGUCGAGAGAUACUGCCUCGGAUCAUCUACAGCCUGUGAUCUGUCCCAAGGGCCAGGCAUACCUGACUUCAUCAGCAAACCCCACACCAAUGAAAAUGACACAACACGAAGUGAUCUACGGGGCAGCGAUCAUGCCCGCGGGGUCUUGGAACCCGUCACGCAGCAUCAUCUACCACGACCAGCCUUGUUCUCCAGCGCUUCAUGAUGGUGUUUUUGGACGUGCUAGUCAUUCGGGCGGAUUAGGGUCUCUCUAUAAUGGCCCGGCGACGACAACGAUCAUUGGAAACAGCAUCUCGGCUAGGCGUGCGGAACACAGAUACUCAUCCUCAUCAGCACUCGCCUCAAGACCACCUUCGGGAUCCUAUGGUUCAUAUCACAGUUCCAGCUCACAUGGUUGGGAUAUACAAGAAAGACAGUCUCCGACAGACUCAGUCGACGACAUAUUCUCCUCACCUAGUACUUCUGACAUCCGCCUAGAUGGUGGUGGAGGACUCGAUGGAAGCGGAGUGAGGACCAAAGGAAGCGUCAAGGGCCGACCACAACGGCGUCCUUCAAAUCGAGACGAAUUCGAUGGGCCACACCAAUUCCUCGCUCGCCCACCACCGGACUAUGUCGCGAUGCAAGAAAGAGAGCUCCCGCACCUACCAACGAACCUCAUGGUGCAGGAGCAGGACGAUAUCCUCAGUCAGGUCAACGACUGCCUUUCGCGGUGUGCAUUCGACUUUGUGGCCAAGUAUCAGUUCCCAAUCCCCUUGACUCAAGAUAUGAGACCUGUCGAACGUCCAGAAGAUCGAGAGUGGACAGAAUGGGUGUAUCUGUUGAAGCGCCUUGCCACAAAGCGACGCAUCCCUGCCAGGGUUCUAUACAACGGACAAAUCAAGCAGUUUGUCACAAUACUGGAAAACUCCAUGGAAAUGAGGCACGCGGCGAAACACCAGUCACGGCCUCUCAAAGACGACCGCAACGUUCUGCAACUUAUCAGCGCAGGCAUCCAGGUUGCCAAGAUCCUCAAGGAUGCGCCCGCAAUGCAGUUUCUGGAUAACCUUUACGUUAAAACCGAGUCUCUCAUUCGAGAGAGAAGUGCCAUCGCGUCUGCACGUUUUCGUUGAGCCGUCCAAGCAUAAAAUCGAAAACAAAAGCGAGCCUCAUGUUGUCUCGGCAAUCGCUUGUAUCGGAUAAUGAAUGCGAAGAGAUCAAGCGCGGGCUCGUGUAGCCCUAAUGGGUAGGAUUGAGACAAGAUGGUGCGCUUACUUCGCGCAAGCGACGAUUAUCAUGAGUUACGAAUUUUUCUUUCUCCUGAGAGCUUCUGCUUUUUGAUUUUCCUUUGGGUCAUCUCUGCCGGA